UACAACCAUCGAUUAAGAAUAUUAUUUUUCUUAAAAAAUAUAUUUAAAAAUACUUGCUUACUAUAAUUUAUUUAUUAAAUCUAUAAGAAGUCACUGACUAAUAUUAAAUAUAUAAAAUUAAAAAGUUUUAUAUAUAUUUUUUUUUCACUUUAUGAUACUUACUAUAUAUGACUCGUGAUUGGUAAUUUCCGUUAAAACAUUUCCAAAUAACCUACCAAAAGCAAUUACAUUUUGUGUUAUGGCGUGUUGGAAGCUUAUUCAGUAAAGUAACCUAUUUUGCAUGUAAACAAACUUCGUUAAAAAUUGUAUUGGUCAUCGAAUAUAAAUUAUUAACGGAUUAAAUAUAACAAAGUAUGAAUAUAAAUAUAAUAUGAGUUCAAGCGGCUUGAAAGUGUUAAAGAAAAAGUACGAUGCCAAAAAUGUUUGGAAAUGGGACAUUGGAGUUAUGAAUGUAAGGGAAAACGAAAAUAUUUACAUAGAUCUUCACGUACAUCGCAAUUGAAGAGAGCCUUACAGAAACAGCAAGAAUCUAAUGGUGAAGAGCAGAAAAAAGAAGUGAAGAAAAGUCGUUUACAAAAAAAAAUGAAAGAAGAACCUAGUAGUUCUAGUAAUACAAAUUCUAGUGCUGAUAGCAGUAGUUCCAGUAGUAGUAACGACAGCAGCAGUAGUAGUUCAUCUUCAGACAGUGAAUCAGAUUCUAGUGAUAGCGUUUCCAGUAGCAGUGGCAGCAGCAGCAGUAGUAGUAGCAGCAGCAAUAGUAGCAGUAGUAAAAAUAGCAAUCAUUCUAACAAUUUUCUAUUUUCAAAAAGACAUUCUAAAUAAACAAUUUUAGAUAAAAAAUAAAAAACCUUAUGAUAAGUAUAUUCAUUUUUUUAAUAUUUAUGAAUUACUCUUUUUUUCUUUGUCGAUUCACAUAUAAUAAAUGUAUGUACAAUAACUUCAUUGUAAAAAAUUGAGACAUCUAAAGUACUUAUAUGUAACAUAUAUUUUAAAUGAUAAUUUAUAUAUCGCGCCUUGUAAUAGAAUUUUAUUAUUUAUAUUAUAAUACCAAUACCCUUCUAAUUAUAUCAGAUACUUGUAAGUAAAAAAGAUCAUAAUUUUGUACUAAUGACUUUUUCAUAAAUUAAGAAAUAUUUAUUAUAAAAUUAAAAGCGCGAAAUAUAAAUGUUAAGAAAUAAAAAAAAAAUAAUUUUUUAUUGAACUAUCACAUCAAAUUAUAAUUCACUGUAAAAGUUUAUGUUUAUAUAACAAAUAUCAUACUGUAAAUAAAAUUAUGAUUUUAUUCUGACAA